UCAUUUGUUUUCUUUUUUUAUUUUACAGUAUAUUGGGUCCACCAGCUUUAAAACAGUCGGCCGCUAUGAAAGAUGGUCUUACACACAAUGCUAGACCAAUUUAUAAUUAUUCCAUGCGUGGUGUGGUGACUUGCUUUACGGGCAUUCGCAAGAAAGAUGAAUUGACAAAAUUAGUAAAUUUAAUACAUUCUAUGGGUGGGUGUAUACGCAAAGAUAUGAAUUCCAAAAUUACACAUUUAAUUAGUACCCAUAGUGGUGGUGAUAAAUAUCAGUAAGUAUUUCAAAA